ACACACCUUCCGGCCUACCCUGUUCGCCGACCUCCUCAAAAUUGGCCAUGACAAUCUUCCAGGCAAUAUACACGGGAUCUAUAAUGGGGUUCCCUCUAUAUCUUUCUCUCAUGAUGAGGAACAGGUGCUGGCUAAACCCUUCUCCUUCAGCCUUGUGGGUCGUUGCAGCUCCAGAGCUAACAUCUAAGAACUGGAGGACUUCCUCGUCAGGGGUGGUUAUAGCGAGUUCAAAUUGCGCAGAAUCAGCAACCGAGAUAUACUCUUCUUUUUCAAACGGGAGGGAGACUAUCUCCGAUGGUUCUCUCGCCGGCGCUGGUCCAUUAAAGGCCUCAUCAUCACCAUCUCUAAAUGGACACCAUCCUACUCGCCGGCCAAGGAAUCUCCAAUCUUUCCGGUCUGGGUUCAACUUAACCAGUUCCCUGCUCACCUCAACGACCACGCAGCUUUAUACCAGGUUGCAUCACUUCUUGGACAUUUGGGUUCCUUGUGGGUUUGAAAACCUUCGAGCUUACUGCUCUUGUUGCUCUAUUUUUGGUCACUCCACUUCAGCUUGCCGGAAAAGAAGUGGUCUGAACCUCACUGGAGUUGCUCCAUUCAGUGAGGUGGGGCACAUUGGAGUGGGGAAAUCCAGGGAUCUUUCAGUUUGGAAAGAGCUAUACGAAGAUAACCCAACGGAGGCCAACCGUGUAAUAGCUCAAGAAGCUAACGCCAGGUUGCUCCUAGCCACCCACAAAGAAGUUGUCUAUUGGAAACAAAAAGCUAAUGCCAAAUGGCUAGAACAUGGGGAUAUGAAUUCCAAGGUCUUCCAUGCUUUCGCCAAUGGCAAGAGAAGGAAGCUUGCUACCAAUCAUAUUAUUUCUCCUUCCGGUAUUGGGCUCUCAGACAGUUCCCAGAUUCGUGAUGCGGCAAUAACCCAUUUUUCCAACCAGUUCAUGGCCCGUGCCGAACCACCCCCCUUGCACAACCUAUCCCAUAUACCUUCCCUCCUUUCAGAGAUGGACAACACCAUACUUACUGCCCUCCCCACCUUGGAGGAGGUCAAAAAUGCUGUUUGGGAUCUAGACAGCAAUAGCACCUCAGGACCUGACGGUUACAACGACGUUUUCUUUAGAACCACUUGGGAUAUCAUCAAGGAAGAUAUGCUUAAAGCCUCCCAAGAGUUCUUCUUAGGGUUUGCCAUCCCCCAUGCUUUUAGAAGCACCCUUAUUACUUUAAUCCCUAAGAAGGAUUUCCCCAAAAGAUUCGACGACAACCGGCCCAUUUCCUUGAGUACUUUUAUGAGCAAAGUUAAUACAAAAAUUUUAGCUUGCAGGUUAAAAAUCAUCCUCCCUAAGAUUAUAUCCAACAAUCAAGUGGCGUUUCAAAAAGGGAAGUGCAUGUCUGACCACAUUCUCCUUGCUAUGGAAGCUUUGCACAACUUGAACACGAAAGCAUUUGGAGGAAACGUCAUCUUUAAAAUAGACAUGGCAAAGGCAUUUGACACCCUACGGUGGGACUACCUGGAGGCGGUUCUUCUUCAGUUCGGUUUUAGCAACAAAGCAGCUAGCCUUCUCAUGGCUAACCUAAGAGGCAGUAUGCUCUCAGUCCUCAUUAAUGGGCAACCUGCGGGCUACUUUCCCAUGACUAGGGGUGUCAAGCAAGGCGACCCUCUUUCGCCUCUUCUUUUCAUUAUUGAAAGUGAAGGUUUGUCUCGGCUACUUAACAGAAGCAUGGAGGAAUCCCAUAUCCAGCUUUACAACAUGGGAAGUGUGAAGUUUAUAGGCCACCUCACCUAUGCCGAUGACAUAAUGAUCUUUACUAAAGGUGACUCCAUCAAUCUACUCAAACUCAGGAAGCUGCUGGAUGAAUUCUCUUCGAAUUCUGGUCAGGUCAUUAAUUCAGCCAAGAGCAAGUUCUACGUCAAAAACACCACAAACAGUAACCACCUGCAGAACAAGGGAAAAAUCCUGGGCAUGCAUUUAGGAACCUUACCCUUCACCUACCUUGGAGCUACCAUCUGCAAAGGGAAACUUAAAAACACCAUUGUGGCAACCUCAUGUAUCACUUUGACAAGCAUAUUCACUCGUGGUAUAGCAAAACACUGAACCAAAUGGGACGUCUGAUACUCAUCAAGCACGUUCUCUCAUCCAUCCCCCUACAUAUUCUAGCCGUGCACUCCCUCCCAGUGGCUGUCAUCAAUCUUCUUCAUGCUAGGAUGGCCAAUUUCUUUUGGGGAAGAAGGCACGGCAACCAACUACACCACUGGAAGAGCUGGAAACAUCUCUGUCAACCCUCAAGCGCUGGUGGGCUAGAUAUUAAGGAUCUUCAAACACUUCAACAAAACCAAUCGAUCAAGCUUUGGUGGCGGGUGAAUCAUGAUACGGGAACACCAUGCGAGCCAUUUACAUGCGUAAGGGCACAAUCAAAGAGAAGCUCACUG